UAGGGUUUGAGGAUCCAUAGCUCACUGUGUAGGUACCAGUACAUUGCUCCUGACAGAUCUACUGUACCUAACAUUUUCUUAGAUGGGUGCAUGAGAAGUGUGCACGGAGGUAAGCAGAAUUACCUUGAAUCAGCAUCAGGCAAGCUGCUUGAUCCAGGCUAGUUCUUCUCCGGCUGAGGUGGAAACCAGUCCACAGUACCAUGAUCCCCAAUUGUCAGUCCAGAUCCCAAGCCAAGCUGAUCAGCCCCCAUGCGUCAGGCCAUUAAAAACUCUGAACUUUGAUACAUAAAAUGUACAUGUACAUUGUGCACACUCAUUUUAAGAUUUAAACAAAUACCUGUGCACUAGUGUACAUGGAUAGAUGGCCCUUGGUGAAGGUGCCCGUUGAAAGUUACCGACACUGUCCAACUGCAUAUGCAUGCACUACCUGAAUUCUUGCUCAUGAAGUACUUAAAUGCCAUGUUUCCUGACUCCGACAAAAACACAGGAACGCUCUAAUUGCCUCGUCUGCGGACUCUGUCACUUACAUGUAGAACUUUACUUGGAGGGGGAAUGAGUCAGUGGGGAGGGAGUCAGCCCACUUUUUUUCAGUUGUCAUCCUUCACGUGAUUUACAGUACGUGGAGAGCUUGAGGUUUGCGGAGAGCUGCUGGUUACGCAUGUAUUGCGAACAUCUGUUCCAAAGACAAACAUUUGCUCAGUUGUUGUGAUAGAAGAAUCUAGGUGUGAUGGCGUGUGCUGUACCAGAAUAUGAGCCCACUGGGGAUGAGAAAGUUGUUGAGGUAAAAGAUGCAAAAGAUGAGCAGACACAGUUGACAGGUGGGAUCAACCUAAGCCCCCUCCCACCAGCUGAGCCAGAAUCCAGGACUAUCUAUCUCAACCAACCGCAGACUACCAAAUUCUGCAGCAAUGAAGUCAACACGGGCAAAUACAGCGUGGUCACCUUCUUACCCAAGUUCUUAUUUGAGCAAUUCCGACGAUACGCCAACGUCUUCUUUCUUUUCAUUGCACUGCUACAGCAAAUUCCUGGCGUGUCACCGACGGGUAAAUUCACCACAAUGUUCCCACUCCUAUUCAUCCUGUUUGUCUCUGCCAUCAAAGAAAUCAUCGAGGAUUUUAAACGCCACCGUGCAGAUGAUGAAGUUAACAGGCGUAAAGUAUUAGUUCUGCGCUAUGGGAUUUGGAUGAGAGUGAAGUGGGUUGAGGUGGUCAUUGGUGACAUAGUCAAAGUUUGCAGAGAGGAAUUUUUCCCCGCCGAUCUUGUGCUGCUCGCAUCCAGUGCCCCACAGGCCAUGUGCUACAUAGAAACUGCCCAGCUAGAUGGAGAGACCAACCUGAAGAUUCGCCAGGGUGUACCGCAGACGGCCCAUCUAGUCUCCAGUCAGGAGUUGAUGCAGAUGAACGGUCGGAUUGAGUGUGACGUGCCAAACAGGCACCUGUAUGAAUUCACCGGAAAUAUCAGGGUCAAACAGGAGCAGUCGCUGUCAGUACCUAUUGGUCCGGAACAGGUCCUGCUCAGGGGUGCCGUACUCAAGAACACCCAGUGGAUUCAUGGGAUAGCUAUCUAUACGGGUCACGAGAGCAAGCUUCUUAUGAACUCUAAAGCAGCACCAUUGAAAAGAUCAACAGUAGACAGAACAACAAAUUCACAGAUUCUGUUCCUAUUUGUUAUACUUCUUGUGCUCUCCCUGGUCAGUUCCAUUGCAGCAGAGGUGUGGAAUAGGCAACAUUUAUUAUCUGACUGGUACAUAGGAUUUAAAGAUUUUGCUCCGAAUUCCUUCUUCUACAACUUCCUGACAUUCAUCAUUUUGUACAACAACCUGAUUCCAAUCAGCUUGCCCGUCACCCUUGAACUGGUCAAGUUUGGCCAAGCCUGGUUCAUCAGCUCGGAUGUGGAUAUGUACCAUGAAGAUACCAACACGCCUGCCAACGCCCGCACAUCUAAUCUAAACGACGAGCUGGGACAGGUCAAGUACAUUUUCUCUGACAAAACUGGUACCCUGACAGAGAACAUCAUGGAAUUCAAGAGAUGUACGGUGGCCGGUAUCGUGUAUGGAACCAACGGGGAAGAGGCGAACGUCUUCUCGCAGGCCAAGUUGCUGGAGAACCUUCAGAAUAAACAUCCAACCGCGUCUCAUAUACGCAUGUUCCUGACCAUGAUGGCCGUGUGCCACACGGUGAUCCCCGAGAAAGAACAAGACAGUGACAAGAUCGCUUACCAAGCGUCCUCACCGGAUGAAGGUGCCUUGGUGGACGCAGCCUGUGCCUUGGGUUUCAAGUUUAAUGUCAGGACACCAGACUAUGUGGAAAUCAAUGUGAUGGGAAAGCAGGAACGAUAUGACAUUCUGAAUGUUUUGGACUUUACCAGUGCCCGAAAGCGAAUGUCUGUCAUUGUACGCACCAGCAAUGGAACCAUACUACUGCUGUGCAAGGGAGCGGACUCAGUGAUCUACGAGCGACUGAGCGACAGCCAGGAACAUCGGGAUGAGACACUUCUACACUUGGGAGCGUUUGCCUCAGAAGGACUGCGCACUCUGUGUUUCGCUUUCCGCGAGAUCCCCAAGCAAGACUACGAAGAUUGGAGUGCCACCUACUACAAGGCCAGCACAGCCCUGCAGAACAGGGAGGCCAAGCUGGAGGAGGCAGCCGAACUGAUUGAGAUGAACUUCAAUCUGAUCGGCGCAUCAGCCAUCGAGGACAAGCUACAACAUGGUGUCCCAGAGACCAUUGACUUGUUGAUGAAGGCAGACAUUAAACUGUGGGUGCUCACUGGAGACAAACAGGAAACAGCUAUCAAUGUUGGUUAUUCCUGUAAGCUGUUGACCCAGAACAUGCCGUUGCUCGUGAUCAAUGAAAGUUCCCACGACGACACCAGAGAGACCCUUCAAAGACACAUUCAAACAUUCGGGGAAGACCUGGGCAAGCAAAAUGACGUGGGCCUCAUCAUCGAUGGGAAGACCUUGAUGUUUGCUCUGGACUUUGACAUGAGGAAGGAUUUCCUGGAGUUGGCCAUGUCAUGCAAAGCAGUUAUAUGUUGCCGGGUCACCCCACGGCAGAAGGCGGAAUUAGUUGAACUGGUCAAGCAGAGCGUCAAGGUGGUCACCCUGGCCAUAGGGGAUGGUGCCAACGAUGUCGGCAUGAUACAGGCUGCUGAUGUGGGUAUAGGCAUCAGCGGCCGUGAGGGUCUCCAGGCAGCCAACUGCUCCGACUACUCCAUCGCUCAGUUCCGCUUCCUCCACAAGCUCAUGCUGGUGCACGGCGUGUGGAGCUACAACCGCCUGUCCAAGGUCAUCCUGUAUUCCUUCUAUAAAAAUAUCUGCCUCUACAUCAUGGAGUUCUGGUUUGCCAUUGUGAAUGGCUGGUCAGGACAGAUCCUGUUCAACCAGUGGUGCAUCGGCAUCUACAACUUGGCCUUCACUGCUUUGCCUCCAUUUGCCAUUGGUCUCUUUGAUCGUAAUAUCAGCGUGGAGAGCAUGCAGCGAUUCCCCCAGCUCUACAAGCCUUCCCAGAACUCGGAGUACUUCAACUCCAAGGUGUUCUGGAUGUGGACCACCAAUGCCGUCUAUCACUCCUUGCUUAUCUUCUGGUUUGUGGUUGGUGCCCUCUACCAAGAUGUCGCAUUCCCCGACGGCAAACUAGGCGGGCAUCUAUUCAUGGGGAACAUGGCAUACACGUAUGUGCUUAUUGUAGUCACCUUGAAAGCAGGUCUAACAAUGGAUGCCUGGAGCUGGCCCGUCCACUUCUCCAUGUGGUUUAGCAUCAUCGCCUGGUUCAUCUUCCUCGGCAUCUACUCGGCUUUAUUCCCCGCCGUCAAGAUGGCCUCCGACAUGACUGGACAGGCCCACAUGGUGCUUGCUUGUGGCAUUUUCUGGAUGCUUCUCUUCCUCAUUCCUGUCGUCGCUUUAUGGCGUGACGUAGCCUGGAAAGCGUUCAAACGAACUCUUUUCAAGAGCCUCGCUGAGGAGGUCAAGGAAGCUGAGGUCAAGCAUAUUGACCCUACUGCCAUAAUCCAGCGGUCUGUCAAAAAGAGUAUUCAUGCUAUAUCUACUAAAGCUUCACAUGGAUUACAUGCAAUUGGCGGCAAGGCAGCGCAUGGCUUCACCGAGACAUCGAGACUGCUGAACAAGUUGUUUAAGAGAACGCCCAGCUCUUCACGACGUGUCACGGAACAGUACGAUCUCUCACAGCAUGGAUAUGCCUUUUCGCAAGAGGAGCACGGAGCUAUAGCACAGGCGGAGGUCAUCAGGGUUUUUGACUCAACAAAGCGUCCACAGGGAGCAGUGGUGAUCCAGGAAAACCGAUGACUCCAUGAGACAUCAGGGCCAUUCCGGACUUCCUUUUUGAGAUGAGUUUGUUAACAAUCCUGCUACCUAACUGAAACUCACUCCUUGUAGGAAUCUUAGAAUAAACUAGAGUGGUAGUUUUGUAUGAGAGAUCCUCCUGAGAAAACUAUUAGAUAAGUACUUGUCAGUGGUGAUAUAUUUUGAGAGCAGUCUUCAGCAGAAUAUUGUGAAUGAAAACUUGGUCAUUGCUACUCAGUAUGUGCAUGUUCAAUCUAUUUUUCACUCAUGUAGCGCAGGUCCAGCUGUUUGUACAAACAAGGAACAGGGUUGUUCAAGGACCAUUGGUUGCCCAGUUGUUGGUUAGUGACGUACCUUGAACCUCGGCUCCAAUAGUGGAGUUCAGAGGUCUCUAGUCAAACUAAUCAUUGGCUAAUCAUUGUCCAGGCUCCCUGCUGUACACUGUGACAUGGACAGCAGUUGGUAACCAGUGAUGUGACCAAAUAUAGUUGGCUGGGCUUACAUAACUAUCCAUUUAGUUCAGCUUCACACUGUUGACUAGCCUGCAAUUGAUCAGAGCAUAAAAGGCAAACUGUGCUUAACAUGUAAUUCUUUAUCAGACUUGCUCAUUGUAUUGGCUUAUAUCAAGAUCAUACUCCGUCAACGGCCCUUGGUUUUCCCAGCCCUUGAUUGGUUGGUUACUUUCUAUUUGUGCACAAAGCAGCAAGCGUUAACCACUUCGCGUCAGGGUUAGUUAUCAAUGUUGAUGAUGCUGGGCCAGGAUAAUUAUCAUUUUUUCUGUUUUCAAAAUUCUUCAAAUAUAUUC